UAGCCCCGCUGCCAGAGCCUUCUCGAACCCAUCAAAACCGCCAAGCAAAGCACCGGCAAGUCAGCAACCAACGAGAGGCUGCGGCGAUCGAAGUGGUAGAGCGCCCAGAGGCCGACGCCGGCGACGUGGAGGACGGCGGCCUGCGAUGGACGCGCCGGGCGAGCUGCAGUGCGUGGGCCGGCUGGAGGUUGCCGCGCCGCCGCCGGCGCGCUACCUCCGCGUGGGCUCCCUCCCCGUCCCCACCGACUCCUCCGUCUCCCUCCCCGCCCUCCUCCCUUCCCCGUCCCCGAUUGGAGCUCCAAGGUAUCAAAUGCUUCCAUUGGAGACUGAUCUCAACACGCUUCCCAUGAUUCCAAACAUCCCAGAGAAGGUUUUUCCAAAUGACGCAAAGAGUACUGAAGGAUUACGGUAUGACAAUGGAUUUGUCAACCAGAACUUAUCAAGGAAGUGUGAAGCACUAGCUGUGUCAGGCCUAGCGGAAUAUGGUGAUGAAAUAGAUGUGAUUGCCCCAACUGAUAUUCUGAAGCAGAUUUUCAAAAUACCAUACUCCAAGUCACAAGUAUCCAUUGCUGUGAACCGUAUUGGAGAUACUCUCAUUCUAAACACAGGGCCUGAUGUUGAUGAAGGUGAGAAGAUAUUCAGAAGACAAAAUAACCACCCUAAAGGAUCUGAUCCAUCAAUUCUUCUGAAUUUUGCAAUGCACUCAGUGCGAGCAGAGGCUUGUGAUUGCCCCCCAAGUCAUCAACCUUCACAGGAGAAGCAAACAGCAUCCACUGUUUUCUGUGGACCCUUUAGUCAUAGGGAGGGUUCUUUUGAUUCGCCAUCAUCAUCUAGUUUUAGCACAUCGCCUUAUCUGGAUCAGAAUGUCAGUCAAAGUAGAAAAACGUCGCAUGGUACUCAUGAAAGCCUGUACUUGGGAGCAAGAGAAAAUAAGCAAAAAGUCAAAGGACCUGAUCCUAUCAAAAAACCCACUCAUGUUGGUGAAAAAACCAGAUGCGAGGUGCAAGAAUCUGAGAAGAGCAAGAGAGUGGGAAACAAUGGAUUUCGGAAGGUUUGCUUUUGGCAAUUUCACAAUUUCCAUAUGCUUUUGGGCAGUGACUUGCUUAUAUUUAGCAAUGAGAAAUAUGUUGCUGUCAGCUUGCACCUUUGGGAUAUUUCAAGACAGGUUACUCCAUUGAACUGGCUUGAAGCUUGGCUUGACAAUGUAAUGGCAAGUGUGCCAGAAUUGGCCAUAUGUUAUCAUGAGAAUGGUGUUGUUCAAGGUUAUGAGCUUCUGAAAAAUGAUGAUAUAUUUCUACUUAAGGGUGUCUCAGAUGAUGGUACACCUGCAUUUCAUCCGCAGGUUGUCCAGCAAAAUGGCCUCGCUGUCCUGAGGUUCCUUCAGGAUAAUUGUAAACAAGACCCUGGUGCAUAUUGGCUGUACAAAGGUGCUGAAGAAGAUGUCAUACAGUUGUAUGAUCUGUCUAUCUUACCUGAAAAACAUACAGCUGUUGAUCAUAGAUCUCCGUGCAGUCCUAUGUCAUCUUUCAUAAACAAGGGGAGAAGGGAGUCAUUGUUCUCUCUGGGCACACUCCUCUAUCGUGUUGCUCACAGGAUGUCCUUAUCAAAGGUGCUUAGUAAUAGAGCCAAAUGUGCAAAAUUCUUCAGGAAAUGUUUGGACUUCCUCAGUGAGCAGGAUCACCUGGUUGUCCGGGCAUGUGCGCACGAACAGUUUGCAAGGCUCAUCCUUAGAUGCUACGAGGAGUUGGAAUUGACAUCUGAAUCAUUUAUGAUUGAGUCGGAAGUUACCCUCACUGAUUUGGAUGAUGAUUCUCCAGAGUUGAACCUCGAGAAUUUACCAUCAAAGGAAAAUGAUGUAUUGCCAGAGAUUGGCAAGAAUGAGCCAGCAACGUUAGAUAAUAUGUUGGAAUGCUCACAGUCAGAAUCUUCUGGUACAACAAAUAGUUUAGUGGAACCAAACCAUGUUGAUAGUGAUUCAGCAUCUUCAGUUACAAAAGAAGAUGUUUCUGCAGAUAGUUUGGUAAUGUGUCAGGCUGGGACCUCACAGAUAUCAAAAACAAUUGCCGAUGCAAUCUCCUCUAAGUUGGCUGCUAUACAUCACAUAUCACAAGCUAUCAAAUCCCUCAGAUGGAAUCGACAGCUGCAGAACACUCAGGAAGGUCGUGCCGACAGUGCAGAUACCAUUUGGGAGAGAUCAGUCAACUUUUCUUUAUGCCGGUGUGGUGAUGUUGACUGCAUCGAACUCUGUGACAUCAGGGAGUGGCUGCCAAAAUCGAAAAUGGAUCAUAAAUUGUGGAAACUUGUUCUUUUGCUUGGGGAAUCUUAUUUGGCACUUGGAGAGGCAUACAAGAAUGAUGGGCAGCUUCAGCGCACCCUUAAAGUUGUUGAAUUAGCUUGUUUGGUAUAUGGGUCUAUGCCUAAACAUCUUGAUGGUGAUGAGUUCAUCUCAUCCAUGUCCAACAAUUCAUUGAGUCGUGAAGAUGUUGAUCUAAAAACCAAAUUCGUACUUGAUGAGGCAAACUACUGCAAGAACACCGAAUGCUUCAGUUACGAAAUUUCUUCUCAACGGUUGCCUCCAAAUUAUUUAUUUUGGGCAAAGGCAUGGAUGCUUGUUGGUGACGUCUAUGCAGAAUAUCACAGAUUGGGUGGUCUUCAAGCAAAGGAGGUACCAGAACAAAAGUCUCAUGGUGAAGUUAGAAUGUCAAAUGAAGUUGCAAUGGAGGUCAAACGCCUUAAGAGAAAACUGGGAAAGGAUAAGCAGAAUUGCGGCACAUGCUCUCUGAUAAACUGUAGCUGCCAAAGUGAUAGGGCAAGUAGUGGCAGCAGUGCAAGCAGCAGUAGACCUGGGGCCUCUACAUUAUAUGGUCGAAAGAAAAACAAAAAAUCACUUGGCAGGAGCAUUCAUUCACAAUCUAGAGGAACUAAUGAGAGCCCUAAUGCACAGGAAGCUAUGCAGCAAGGCUCUGAAAAAAAGCAGCACAGUGUGAAUGAUACUUGUCUUGGAAACCUCUCAGGAUCAAAUGAUGAUGUUGAUCAUUACAAUCAUGGCAUGAAAAAUCAGUCAGCAAAUGCCGGUGGGGUUCCUGAUAAAUCUUAUGAAGGUGUUUCCAGUGCGAAGGGUGGUGGUAUCUUCAAAUUCCUUGGUGGUCCCAAACCAGGAGAUAUUGAGUACAACUUGUCUUGUGCCAUUCACUGCUAUGGUGCAGCUAAGGGAGCAUCGUUUACAUUUCCUGUGCAUUCAGCAGAAACGUCCACCAUUCUUAAGAAAAGAGGUUGGGCAUUUAACGAACUGGGCCGUUGUAGACUUGAGAUUAGAGAUCUGGGUAGUGCUGAGAUUUCUUUUGCUGAUGCUAUUAGAGCAUUUCAAGAGGUCUGUGACCACACAAAUGUUAUAUUGAUCAACUGUAACUUAGGUCAUGGUAGAAGAGCCUUAGCAGAGGAAUUGGUGUCAAAGAUAGAUGAAUUUCAGAAGUAUGAUCUUCCUGAAGGUGCAUAUAUGCAAUCCAUUAAGUCAGCCAAGUCAGAAUAUUUUCAGGCAAUAAACUACUAUUCAGCAGCUAAGAGGCAACUGACAUAUGUUAAUAAUGAGGUCGAUGAAGUACUGUACAAUGAGGUUUACACACAGUAUGCCCAUACGUACCUGAGGCUUGGAAUGUUUUUGGCAAGGGAAAGCUUCUUAACUGACAGUUAUGAAGGUGGACUUGUCAAUGAAUCAUCUAAUAGAACAGUUCUUGAGAUUUCAGCAAGCGAUGCUUUUCGGGAGGCUUUGUCCACAUAUGAAUCCCUUGGUGAGCAUCGCAAACAGGAAGCUGCUUUUGGUCAUUUUCAGCUCGCUUGUUAUCAGAGAGAUCUGUGCUUAAAGUUCCUAGAUUUAAUUGACAAAGAGGUGAAACAGAAGAAUGAGGAUAAAUAUCGUCAGAAAAGCAAGUGGUAUGGUUCACUAGCAGAGAAGAACUGGCAGAAGGCUUUAGAAUUUUAUGGUCCAAAGACACAUCCUACUAUGUUUCUUAACAUCCUUAUGGCGCAAUCUGCCAUUUCUAUUAACCUUUCUGAUUCCUUCCACUCAAGUGCGAUGCUUGAAGCUGCGCUGGCUCACUUGUUGGAAGGCCGCCAUGUGGUUGAAGCAAACGAAGACUACUCCAGCGAUGUGGAUCUGGAUAUAAAGCCGAAGUUCUGGAGCCAGUUGCAGAGCCUGUUGAAGAGCAUGUUGGCGGCAGCACUACCUAGCAGUAGCCGCACAGGCAGACUAGUUUCUGUCGGCCAGGCUAGCACCAGCAACAGAGGGGAACCUUCUAAACUGAAAGAGAUGUAUCGUCUGUCUCUCAAAUCUUCCUCUCUGGGCCAGCUGCAUGCGUUGCACAAGCUUUGGGUCUCUUAACACCUUCAUUUCAGAAAUGGUUUGCUGCCCAUGUUUUGUGUCGUCAGCAUCUUGUUGUAUGGUUGUGAUUGCACAGUUUUUAUUCGUUGUUCAUUGCACGCUUGUUCUCUGAUAUGAUUUCCAGGCCAGGUUGUAGCUGAAUAUCUCCAGAGUACACUUAAGUAUAAUCGCCAGGAGGGGAAAACACACUAGUUACUGUGAUUGUGGUACUAACUUAUAAACAACAAAUAAGGACCUCCGAUGAAAAGUGCCAGUGUAAUAUAUUGUUCCCAGAAGGAUCUAUGUUCAAAGCACUCAAGGAGCUUACUCCAUAUUCACGAA